ACUAAGAGGUUAUGUUGUCAAGAGUGCAUUCCGCUGUGCACAAAUGUCUCCCGCAAAUACCUGGCACACGACAAGCAAGGAGGGAAACCAAAAAGGACAUUUCAAUUUGAAUAAAGACACUGUGGCGUCCACUGCUCCGCCCGGCUGGCGUUGGCGGGAAAAGAACAACGAUCGUACCCAACUCUGAAGCAGGUGCUGUAUGGCCAACAAGAGGUGAUGCCUUUGGUGAGGAGAACCAUAGAACCUCGGCACGUGUGCCACACUGCAGUGCCGGAUGGGAUUGGCAGUGAACUAGAAUGUGUGAACAACAACACGUUGUCUGCCAUCAUCCGUCAACUAAGUAGUCUGAGUAAACAUGCAGAAAAUGUCUUUGGGGAUCUUUUCAAUGAAGCCAACAUCUUCUACACGCGUGCAAACUCUCUCCAGGACCGCAUCGACCGCUUGGCCAUCAAGGUCACCCAGCUAGAUUCCAAUGUGGAAGACGUUUCUCUUCAGGCCAUAAACCUGAGGAAGGCGUUCAAAAGCUCUACCAUCCAGGACCAGCAGGUGUUGUCCAAAGGCAGCACUCCAAGCUCGGUGGCUGAGAUGUACGACAGCAGCGACCAGCCUCCUCCUCUCAGCGACCUCACUGCUUACAGAGAGGACAGCACUGAUGCCAUAAAGUUCUACUCGGACCCUUCAUACUUCUUUGAAUUAUGGAAGGAGAAGAUGCUGCAGGACACAGAGGAAAAGAGGAAAGAAAAGAGGAGGCAAAGGUGUCCACAGGAGCAGAAGCGAUGCGUGGACAGCAGCACGCUACAGCAGCAGGUGAAGAAGGUGAGGAAAGCUCGAAACCGCAGACAAGAGUGGAACAUGAUGGCAUUCGACAAAGAGCUCCGCCCAGAUCACCGCCACCCGCAGACGCUACGGCGAGGAGCGUCUUCCGAGGGCUCGCUCUCCCCAGAGGGCAGGCCUGACCUCCCAGAGUACCCUGUCCCCCCAGUGCCAGUCCACAGUGCUUCUAAUGUUGUCAAGCCACAUGGGAAUGUGCAGCCCUCCCCACCUGUGGAGCACGAGUACCACAGUAUUGACAUCAACUAUAAGAGAACAAGCAUCGUAGAAGUUACAGAGAAGAUGAAUGGUUCAGUACAGGCAUCAGGAGAUUACAACUGUGCCCCCCCUCCAGUUUCGCCAGGCCCACCUAUCCCCUCAGCCCAGACAGCCUUUGCUUUCCCUCCACCAGCAGCUCAUAAUGGAGCCACCACGCAAGUAGGCCCUGGUUACCCUCUUCCACCUGUACCUCCUCCAGGACCUUGCAUGGCUCCUUGUCCCCCGGGACCACCGCCUCCACUUCAUCCACCACCAGCUGCCCCCUCACACUUUUCCGAACUUGGUGGGAGUGUCAGAGCUGAAUCAAAACCAGCGAAUGCAAGAAGUGAUCUGCUAUCUGCGAUCCGCAUGGGCAUCCAGCUGAAAAAAGUGCAAGAACAGCAAGAAAUGCAGAGCAAGCGUGACCCAGUGGGGAAUGAUGUGGCCACCAUUCUGUCGAGGCGCAUAGCAGUGGAGUACAGUGACUCUGAAGAUGACUCAGAGCUGGAUGACAAUGAAUGGUCAGACUGAAGGAAGUGCAACUAAAGACGCUUUUAAGAGAGUAAUUUUUUGACAUGUGUAUCCUCGUGUCUUUGGAAGAAGAACUUGUUUGGCAGAGGAAACAAUGAUGAAGUAAAUGUACGAACCAAUGCAGUAACACUACUAUUGGUGUCUAAAUGUGUUCCUCCCAGUAUACAACUGUUUAAUUUCAGUUUUUAUGCUAGUAACUGAUUAUUUAUUGUUGUAUGUCCUUUUCAGUAUUUUCUAAAAAAUAUUGUAUUGCAAUAACCUACCUAUAUUUCUUCCUCCCUCAUCUAUUUUUAAAUAUAAAUACGGUACUGCACUUAACAGCCAGGUGAGAGGAUGUGAUUCCUGUCCAGCUAACAUAAUAAUGACCAAAUAUGCAGUGAUGGUUGUAAUUAUAAAUGAAUAAUAAUGUAAAUAAAAAGCUAUUCUCUAUGU